AACUCGAGCAGCGUCGCUCUGCUGCACAAACACCUCCAGCUGCUGCUGCCUCACGCCACAGACAUCUUCUCCAGAUCAGCAGCUCUGAUCAAAGAAAGCUCCUGGAACGGCAGCAUCCGAGAGAAGCUGCAAGAUGUGAUCUACGUGUCGGCGGCCGGCAGCAUGCUGUGUCAGAUCGUCAACUCUCUGCUGCUGCUGCCGGUGUCGGUGGCCAGGCCUCUGCUGAGCCACCUGCUGGACCUGCUGCCUCCUCUGGACCGGCUGAACCGGCUGCUGCCCGCCGCCUCGCCGCUGGAGGACCAGGAGCUGCAGUGGCCGCUGCACGGUACGUCGGACUUUGCGGAGCCGGCCUCGGGGAUGUCCCUGCCCCAGCCAGCCCUGUCCUGGGUCUGGCUGGUGGACCUGGAGAGGACGGUGGCCCUGCUGGUCGGACGCUGCCUCGGCGGGAUGCUGCAGGGAGCCCCGACCUCACUGGAGGAGCAGGACACCGCCUACUGGUUAAAGACGCCGCUGUUCAGCAACGGCCUGGAGAUGGACAUCCCUCAGCUAGACACCUGCAUCAGCUCCCUACUGGAAGCCGCUCUGUCCGGCAACGAGGAGCAGAAGCCCUUCGACUGCACGCUGCGUCCUGACCUGAGCGUCCUGGUGGAUCUGGCUCUGGGCUCGUCUAAGGAACCGGCCAACAGCCUCUGGAUCAACAUGCAGGACUACGCCAUCAGCAAAGACUGGGACAACGCGUCUCUCAGUAACGAGUCCCUGCUGGACACCGUGUCCAGGUUUGUGUUGGCAGCAUUGCUGAAGCAUACGGGGCUGCUGGGCCAAGCCUGCGGAGAAGGAAGGUACCAGCCGUCCAAGUCUCUGGCCGAAGUGUACCGCAGCGUCUACAAGGUACGGAACCGGCUGCUGGCCUGUAAGAACAUGGACUUCAUCCAGACCAGGUCUUCUUCCCGAGAGAGGAGGAUCUCAGACAACCAGGACUCCCUGGACAUGGACCCUCAGGAACAUUCGUUCACCAGAACCAUCGACGAGGAGGCUGAGCUGGAGGAGCGAGCUGACCGCGAGCGAGAGGAGGGUCACCAGGAGCAGGACGACGAGGAGGAGGACCGGGAGCACGAAGUGAUGACGGCCGGAACGCGGGAGGUGGCUCGCAGCCGGGACCGUGAGCGGGCCAGCAGCAGCACCGGGCUCGGUUCUGGCUCCGUCUCCCGGAGCGGCGGCGGAGGAGGCGGGGACGAGGAUGCCAUCUUGUCCCAGGAGGGCCGACGGGGCAGCACCGGCCUCCCAGAGGGACAGGACCUGUACACCGCCGCCUGCAACUCCGUCAUCCACCGCUGUGCGCUGCUGGUUCUGGGAGUCAGCCCGGUUCUGGGGGAGCUCACCAAGCAGAACCAGGAGGACGGACAGGCCCAGAGCACUACAGGAACCCAGGAGUGUCUGAGCUUCAUGACCAGAAGUGAGAGUCUGAGUGCAGAGAGCCGCUCGGUCCAGAGCAGCCCCAGCUACCGGCUGAUGAAGUCCAGGAGCGAGUCUGACCUGUCCCAGCCGGAGUCGGACGAAGAGGGUUACACUCUGAGCGGACGCAGGAACGUCGACCUGGACCUGGCGUUUUCCCACAAAAAACGAGGCCUCCUCCACAGCUCGCCGGACUCUCUGGCCGAGUCCUGGUUCCGAGCCAAGCUGAGCCGCCAGCGCAGCUACAGCUCGGCCCACUCGUACGAGGAGUCGGACCUGGACCUGAGCCGCUCCCUGGGCAUCCACGCCCUUAUCGACAACAUGGUCAGCUUCAUCAGCGGCGACGUGGGCCUGGCGCCGGCCUUCAAGGAGCCCGAGGAGAGCAUGUCCACCAGCCCUCAGGCCACCAUCCUGGCCAUGGAGCAGCAGCAGAGCAGGGCGGAGCUGCGGCUGGAGGCGCUCCACCAGAUCGUGGUGCUGAUCUCCGGCAUGGAGGAGAAGGGCAGCCAGCCGGGCGGCGCCGACCGGUCCAGCAGCGCCUUCCAGUCCUCCUCCCUGCUCACCUCCGUCAGGCUGCAGUUCCUGGCCGGCUGCUUCGGACUCGGCACCGUCGGAACCGGAGGCCUGAAGAGGGAGAGCGUCCAGCUGCACCACUACCAGGACGGCGUGAAGGCAGCAAAGAGGAGCCUCCAGAUGGAGAUCCAGACGGCCGUCCACAAGAUCUACCAGCAGCUGUCGGUCACGCUGGAGAGAGCUCUGCAGGCCAAUAAGCACCACAUAGAGGCUCAGCAGCGCCUCCUGCUGGUGACGGUGUUCGCCCUCAGCGUGCGGUACCAGCCGGUGGACGUCUCUCUGGCCAUCUCCAGUGGGCUGCUCAAUGUCCUGUCCCAGCUGUGCGGUACUGAAACCAUGCUGGGUCAGCCUCUGCAGCUGCUGCAGAAGCCCGGCGUGUCUCAGCUCAGCACGGCGCUGAAGGUGGCGUCGACCCGCCUGCUGCAGAUCCUCGCCAUCAGCACCGGGACAUACGCAGACAAGCUGAGUCCCAAGGUGGUCCAGUCGCUGCUGGACCUGCUGUGCAGCCAGCUGAAGAACCUGCUGUCUCAGGCCGGAGUCAGCGUCCUGUCUGCAGGGAAGGACCAGGAGGACACCAAGCACGAGGACGGCGCCGACUCCGAGAAGAAAGACCUGAGAGCGCUGAUCCGGAAGCAGCACACGGCCGAGCUGCACCUCGGAGACUUCCUGGUCUUCCUGAGGAGGGUCGUGUCCUCCAAGGCCAUCCAGUCCAAGAUGGCCUCCCCGAAGUGGACCGAGGUUCUGCUCAACAUCGCGGCCCAGAAGUGCUGCUCAGGCGUCCCGCUGGUGGGGAACCUGAGGACCCGGCUGCUGGCGCUCCACGUCCUGGAGGCCGUCCUGCCGGCCUGCGAGGCCAACAUGGAGGACGACCAGAUGACCCAGGUGGUGGAGCGGCUCUUCUCUCUGCUGUCGGACUGCAUGUGGGAAGCUCCCAUCGCUCAGGCCAAACACUCGAUCCAGAUCAAGGAGAAGGUCCAGGAGCUGAAGCUGCAGGGAGACGCCGAGGAGGAGGACGAGAACCUGCCCAUCCAGGAGGUGUCCUUCGACCCGGAGAAGGCCCAGUGCUGCGUGGUGGAGAACGGCCAGGGCCUGACGCACGGCAGCGGGGGGAAAGGCUACGGCCUGGCCUCCACCGGCAUCUCCUCCGGCUGCUACCAGUGGAAGUUCUACAUCGUGAAGGAGAACCGAGGCAACGAGGGCACGUGUGUCGGCGUGUCGCGGUGGCCCGUUCACGACUUCAACCACCGCACCACGUCGGACAUGUGGCUGUACCGAGCCUACAGCGGGAACCUCUACCACAACGGGGAGCAGACGCUGACGCUGAGCAGCUUCACUCAGGGAGACUUCAUCACCUGCGUGCUGGACAUGGAGGCCAGGACCAUCUCCUUCGGCAAGAACGGGGAGGAGCCCAAGUUGGCCUUUGAGGAUGUGGACGCCACAGAACUUUACCCCUGCGUGAUGUUCUACAGCAGUAACCCUGGAGAGAAGGUGAAGAUCUGUGAUAUGCAGAUGAGGGGAACACCUCGGGACCUCCUCCCUGGAGACCCGGUCUGCAGCCCGAUGGCCACGGUUCUGGCCGAGGCCACCACGCAGCUGAUCCGCAUCCUGCACCGCACUGACCACUGGACCCACCGUAUCAACAAGACCAUGGUGGAGCGGCUCCACAAGAUCAAGCCCUGCUUCAGGGAGACGGCCGGUGCCUCGGCCGGCGGCGGCCAGCGGCUGAAGAAGAGCCGCUCGGUCCAGAGCCGCGAGGAGCACGACGCCCAGAGAGACACCCAGGAGACAGGCGGCCGGACGGAGGAGGAGCGAGGGCGCCACGGCCGGCAGCACGGCCUGGGCGAGCUGUCGGAGCUGCACCUCCGCACGCUCUGCACCGACGUCUGGCCGGUGCUGGCCGUCAUCGGCGGCGUGGACGCCGGGCUCCGGGUCGGCGGCAGGUGUGUCCACAAGCAGACGGGCCGACACGCCACCCUGCUGGGCGUGGUGAAGGAGGGCAGCACCUCGGCCAAGGUCCAGUGGGACGAAGCCGAGAUCACCAUCAGUGACACUCCUCUGUACAACCUGGAGCCGUGCGAGCCGCUGCCCUUCGACGUGGCCCGUUUCCGCGGGCUGACCGCCUCGCUGCUGCUGGACCUCACCUACCUGACCAGCAUCCACGAGGAGACGGCCGCCAAGCUGAGCGCCCGCCGCCACGAGAAGAAGCAUCGCAACGCCGCGUCCACCGGACACGAGCCGAGCGGCGGCGAGGAGAAGGCCGACGGCGAGAACCAGAAGGAGAGCUCCGGGUCGGCCCCGAGCGCCACCGCCUCCGACCUGAGGGUCUCCCACAGCCUGGACGAGGUCAAAGCUCAUGUGGCGCCCAACUCCAAGUCCGAGAGCGAGAUCUCGUCGGUGGCCGGCGGCGGAGGCGGCAGCGAGGCCCUGUUCAGCUCGGCCGCUCACGCCCCCGCAGACGGCGGCAGGAAGAAGGGCCACGACCACGGCUCCCGCGGCCACGAGCCGUCGGCCUCCUCCGUGGCCACCCAGUCGGAGGUCCACGCCGUGCAGCUGUCCUACCUCUACCUGGGCGCCAUGAAGACGCUCAGCGCUCUGCUGAGCUGCAGCAAGUACGCCGAGCUGCUGCUCAUCCCCAAGGUGUUACCAGAAGCAGCAGCCAGCGGCCACAACGCCGACCUGAACGCCGGCACCAGCGGCAGCGCCGGCGCCACGUCGCCCGUCUGCCAAGAGGAGGUGGAGAUGAGGGCGGCGCUGCAGUUCCUGAUGCGCCACAUGGUGAAGAGGGCGGUGAUGAGGUCCCCCAUCAAGAGGGCGCUGGGCCUGGCCGACCUGGAGCGAGCUCAGGCCAUGAUCUACAAGCUGGUGGUGAACGGGCUGCUGGAGGAGCCCAAUGGAGGCAAGACCAAGCCAGGGGUGAGGACCGAGCCGGAGGGUGAGGGGGAGGGACCGGAGGGGGAGCAGCUGGCCCAGACCCCGGUCACCACCAGCCCCUCGGCCUCCAGCACCACCUCCUUCAUGAGCUCCUCCCUGGAGGACACCACCACAGCCACCACGCCCGUCACCGACACCGAGACCGUCCCGGCCACCGAGUCUCCGGGCGUGAUGCCGCUCAGCCUGCUCAGACAAAUGUUCUCCAGCUAUCCCACCACCACGCUGGUUCCGACCCGCCGGGCCCAGACUCCUCCGGUGUCAUCGCUGCCGACGUCACCGUCGGACGAGGUGGGCCGCCGGCAGAGCCUCACGUCCCCCGACUCCCAGCCGACCAGACCCCAGAACAGGACCGGUACCUCUCUGUCCGACCCCAGCAGCCGCCUGUCCACGUCUCCGCCUCCGCCCGCCAUCGCGGUUCCUCUGCUGGAGAUGGGCUUCUCCCUGAGGCAGAUCACCAAAGCUCUGGAGGCCACGGGCGCUCGAGGAGAAGCCGACGCCCAGAACAUCACCGUCCUCGCCAUGUGGAUGAUCGAGCACCCGGGAACCGAGGACGAGCACGACGAGCCUCACACCCGGGGCGGCAGCGUGGGCGGCGACGGCGGCUCCGACUCCUCGUGUCCCGGAGCGACCGCCUCGGCCGGAGGGAAGAGCCUGGACCGGAGCUCGUACCUGUGCUCGCCCGGAGACAUCGCCAGCGCCGACGCCUCCGAGAUGGAGGAGGGCUUCAGCGAGAGUCCGGAGGGUUUGGACCAGGACAGCGCUUCGGCCUCCAGCGGCGCCCCCCUCAGAGGUCGGUCCGCGGUCGGCAGGAAGCACCGCUUCGACCUGGCUGCUCGCACUCUGCUGGCCCGGGCAGCCGGGCUGUACCGCUCGGUGCAGGCCCACCACAGCCAGUCCCGGCGCGAGGUGUCGUCGCUGCAGCAGCAGCAGGACCCGGGCGCCCUGUACGACUUCAACCUGGACGAGGAGCUGGAGAUGGACCUGGACGAGGAGACCAUGGAGGCCAUGUUCGGCCAGGACCUGGCCAGCGACACCGACAUUCUGGGAAUGUGGAUCCCGGAGGUACUGGACUGGCCAACAUGGCACGUGUGUGAGACCGACGACCGGGACGAGGUGGUGGUGUGCGAGCUGUGCGAGGCCAACGUGGCCAACUUCAACCAGCACAUGAAGAAGAGCCACCCGGGCUGCGGGCGCAGCGCCAACCGCCAGGGUUACCGCAGCAACGGCUCCUACGUGGACGGCUGGUUCGGCGGCGAGUGCGGCAGCGGCAACCCCUACUACCUGCUGUGUGGAGGCUGCCGGGAGAAGUACCUGGCCAUCAAGAGCAAGGCCAAGGUGCCUGUCGUGGAGAGGUAUAAAGGUCAGGCUCCGGACCUGCUGGGGAAGCAGGACAGCGUCUACGAAGAGGACUGGGACAUGCUGGACGUGGACGAGGACGAUAAGCUGACCGGCGAGGAGGAGUUCGAGCUGCUGGCCGGGCCGCUGGGCCUGAGCGAGCGCCGCAUCGUACCGGAGGCGGUCCAGUUCCCCGACAGCGACCCGCUCGGGGCCUCCGUCGCCAUGGUGACGGCCACCAACAGCAUGGAGGAGACGCUGCUGCAGAUCGGCUGCCAGACGUCGGUGGAUAAGAGCUCUUCGGGCAGAGUGACGCUCGGCGAGCAGGCGGCCGCCCUGCAGAACCCCCACGACCGGGUCAUGGCGCUGAGGAGGGUGACGGCUGCAGCUCAGGUGCUGCUGGCCAGAACCAUGGUGAUGAGAGCGCUGUCGCUGCUGUCUGUCAGCGGGUCCAGCUGCAGCCUGGCAGCAGGCCUCGAGUCUCUGGGUCUGACCGACAUCAGGACUUUGGUCCGGCUCAUGUGUCUGGCGGCGGCGGGUCGGGCCGGGCUCUCCACCAGCCCCACGGCCAGUUCCGGUCACGCUGAGAGGCCCAGAGGAGCCGCCAAGGCCAGCAAGCCCAUCUCCUGCCUGGCCUACCUGAGCACCGCCGUGGGCUGCCUGGCCUCCAACAGCCCCAAUGCCGCCAAGCUGCUGGUGCAGCUCUGCACCCAGAACCUGAUUUCUGCGGCGACCGGCAUGAACCUGACCACGGUGGACGACCCCAUCCAGAGGAAGUUCCUGCCCAGCUUCCUGCGAGGCGUUGCCGAGGAGAACAAGCUGGUCACGUCGCCCAACUUCGUGGUGACCCAGGCGCUGGUGGCGCUGCUGGCCGACAAGGGCGCCCGGCUGCGACCCGCCUACGACAAGGCCGACAUGGAGAAAAGAGGGCCUCUGGAGCUGGCCAACGCUCUGGCGGCCUGCUGCCUGUCGUCGCGGCUGUCGUCGCAGCACCGUCAGUGGGCGGCGCAGCAGCUGGUCCGGACGCUCGCCGCCCACGACCGCGACAACAACCAGAGCCGCCCGCAGACCUUCGCCGACAUGGCGGGGGACCUGCGGAAGUGUUCCUUCAUCAAGCUGGAGGCUCACCAGAGCAGGGUCAUCACAUGCGGCUGGUGCAGUAAAAAAGGCCUGCUGGCGACCAGCGGCAACGACGGGACGGUCCGGGUUUGGAACGUGACCAAGAACCAGUACACGCUGCAGCAGACCUGCAUCUUCAACAAGGACGAUGGAUCUUCAGAGGAGGGCAUGUCUGGUCUGGGUUCUCCCAGUGAUCCCUGUCUGUCCCCUCUGGCCUGGAGCGUCACCGGCCGGUACCUGGCGUCGGCCAUGGAGAAGAUGGUCAACAUCUGGCAAGUCAACGGCGGUAAAGGCCUCCUGGACGUCCAGCCUCACUGGGUGUCGGCGCUGGCCUGGCCCGAGGAGGAAGCCGAGUCGCUGUGGUGCGGCGAGCCCAAAGACAUGCUGCUGGUGGGCCGCAUGGACGGGACGCUGGGCCUGAUUGAGGUCCUGGACACGUCCAGCAUGCACCGCACCGAGCUGGAGCACUGCUACCGGAAGGACGUGGCCGUGAUGCACAUCGCCUGGUACAGCGAGGACAAGCCCUUCGCCGUCGGCUACGCAGACGGAAAACUGCUGAUCGGGUCCAAAGAGCCGCUGGAGAAAGGAGCCAUCGUGGUCAUCGACGCCCACAAGGAGUCCAUCACCAGUAUGCGCUGGAGUCCUUCGGGUCAGAUCCUGCUGACUUGUGCCAAAGAGGAGACGGUGAAGCUGUGGGCCAGUCCCGACUCCGGCUCCGGUUCCGGCUGGCGCUGCCUGCAGAGCCUCAGACACCCGUCGGUGGUGAACGGAGUGGCCUGGUGCAGCCUGUCUGGACGAGGCCCGAAGCCCCUCAGCAUGUUGGCCGCGUGCUGCCAGAACGGGCUGGUCUCCGUCUGGACGGUCCCUCAAGAAAUAUCCAACUUCCCAGAAUCCUCCUCGUCCGACUCGGAGGGAUGGUGGGAGGCCGAGGCGAAGCCCAAACUGAUGUCUUCCCGGUGGUCCGAGGACGGGGCCACGUGUGUUUUCCAGCUGAAGGGCCACAUCACUCCGGUCCGGACUCUGGCCUUCAGCCCGGACGGCCUGGCGCUGGUGUCCGGAGGCGUCGGCGGCCUCAUGAAUAUCUGGUCUCUGCGGGACGGCUCGGUGCUGCAGACCGUCGUGGCCGGGUCCGGCGCCAUCCAGAACAUCGUCUGGAUCCCAGAUGUGGGCGUCGCCGUCUGCUCCAACAGGUCCAAGGACGUGCUGGUGGUGAACUGCUCCAGAGAGUUCAUGGCGUCCAACCACGUGCUGGCGACGUGCCGCACGGCGCUGAAGAAGCAGGGCGUGGUCGGCCUCAACAUGGCGCCCUGCAUGAGGGCCUUCCUGGAGCGGCUGCCGGUGAUGCUGCAGGAGCAGUACGCCUACGAGAAGCCUCACGUCGUCUGUGGCGAGCAGCUCGUCCACAGCCCCUACAUGCAGUGUCUGGCCUCCCUGGCCGUCGGCCUGCACCUGGACCAGCUGCUGUGCCGCCCCCCGGUGCCGCCCACCCUCCGCCACUGCCCCCCAGAGUCCGGUACCGCCGUCUGGAGCGCCAGCGAGUGGGCCUGGCUCGACUGCUUCUCUACCACGGUGAAGGCGGCCGAGGCGCUGGCUCGAGGCGCCACCUUCCCCGAGGCCUUCUCCGUCCCCGACCUGGAGCCGGUGCCCAAAGACGAGAUGGUUCUGCUGAUGGACAACAGUAAAUGGGCGUCUGGGAUGGAUGAGCAGAUCAUGUCCUGGGCCACGUCCAGACCAGAGGACUGGCACCUGGGGGGGAAGUGUGACGUGUUUCUGUGGGGAGCAGGUCGACACGGUCAGCUGGCCGAGGCUGGAAGGAACAUCCUGGUACCGACCACGGCGCCGUCCUUCUCUCAGGCUCAACAGGUGGUCUGCGGUCAGAACUGCACCUUCGUGAUCCAACCCAACGGGACGGUUCUGGCCUGUGGAGAAGGAAGCUACGGUCGACUGGGUCAGGGCAACUCGGACGACCUGCAUGUUCUCACCGUCAUCUCAGCGCUGCAAGGUUUCGUGGUGACCCAGCUGGUGACGUCCUGCGGCAGCGACGGCCACUCCAUGGCGCUGACAGAGAGCGGCGAGGUGUUCAGCUGGGGAGACGGCGACUACGGCAAGCUGGGCCACGGGAACAGCGACCGCCAGCGCCGGCCGCGACAGAUUGAGGCGCUGCAGGGCGAGGAGGUGGUGCAGAUGUCCUGCGGCUUCAAACACUCGGCCGUGGUGACCGCCGACGGGAAGCUCUUCACGUUCGGUAACGGAGACUACGGCCGGCUGGGGCUGGGAAACACGUCCAACAAGAAGCUGCCGGAGAAGGUCACGGCUCUGGAGGGAUACCAAGUGGGACAGGUUGCUUGCGGUCUGAACCACACUCUGGUCGUCUCUGCUGACGGGAUGAUGGUUUGGGCCUUCGGUGAUGGAGAUUAUGGAAAACUGGGACUCGGUAACUCCACGGCCAAGUCCUCUCCUCAGAAAGUGGACGUGCUCUGUGGCAUCGGCAUCAAGAAAGUGGCCUGUGGGACUCAGUUCUCUGUGGCUUUAACCAAAGAUGGCAAAGUUUUCACGUUUGGUCAAGAUCGCCUCAUCGGCCUCCCAGAAGGUCGAGCCAGAAACCACAACCGACCCCAGCAGGUUCCGGCUCUGUCGGGGAUCCACAUCCAGGACGUGGCGGUCGGAGCCGAGCACACCCUGGUUCUGUCCUCCACCGGAGACGUCUACACCUGGGGCAGCAACUCGGAGGGACAGCUGGGUUUGGGCCACACCAACCACGUCAGAGAGCCCACGCUGGCGACGGCGCUGCAGGGGAAGAACAUCCACCAGAUCUCGGCCGGACGCUGCCACAGCGCUGCCUGGACGGCUCCGUCGGUACCGCCCCGAGCUCCAGGCUCCUCGGUGCCUCUGCAGCUCGGCCUGCCGGUGGCGGUUCCUCCUCAGUACAGCGGGCUGAAGGAGGUGAGCAUCGAGGCGGUCAGGGCUCGCCUUCGCCUCCUCUACCACUUCUCCGACCUCAUGUACUCGUCGUGGAGGCUGCUGAACCUCAGCCCCAACAACCAGAGCUGUACCUCCCACUACAACGCCGGGACCUGGGGCAUCGUCCAGGGCCAGCUCAGGCCCCUGCUGGCCCCCAGAGUUUACACCCUGCCCAUGGUCCGGUCCAUCGGUAAGACCAUGGUGCAAGGAAAGAACUACGGUCCCCAGAUCACCGUCAAACGGAUCUCCACACGGGGGCGUAAGUGCAAGCCGAUCUUCGUGCAGAUCGCCCGCCAGGUGGUGAAGCUGAACGCCUCCGACCUCCGGCUGCCCUCCAGGGCCUGGAAGGUCAAGCUGGUGGGGGAGGGGGCGGACGAUGCCGGGGGCGUGUUCGACGACACCAUCACUGAGAUGUGCCAGGAGCUGGAGACGGGGGUGGUCGACCUGCUCAUCCCCUCCCCCAACGCCACCGCCGAGGUCGGCUACAACAGGGACAGGUUCCUGCUGAACCCGUCGGCCUGCCUGGACGAACACAUGCUGCAGUUUAAGUUCCUGGGCAUCCUGAUGGGCGUGGCGAUCCGCACCAAGAAGCCUCUGGACCUCCACCUGGCGCCGCUGGUGUGGAAACAGCUGUGCUGCAUCCCGCUGCUGCUGGAGGACCUGGAGGAGGUGGACCUGCUCUAUGUGCAGACGCUCAAAAGCAUUCUUCACAUUGAAGACAGCGGCAUCACCGAGGAUAAUUUCCAUGAGAUGAUUCCUCUGGAUUCUUUCGUCGGGCAGAGUGCGGACGGUAAAAUGGUUCCCAUCAUCCCAGGAGGAAACAGCAUCCCGCUGACCUUCUCCAACAGGAAGGAGUACGUGGAGCGAGCCAUCGAGUACCGGCUGCACGAGAUCGACCGACAGGUGGCGGCGGUCCGGGAGGGGAUGUCCUGGAUCGUCCCGGUGCCGCUGCUGUCGCUGCUGACGGCGAAGCAGCUGGAGCAGAUGGUCUGCGGGAUGCCGGAGAUCUGCUGCGACGUCCUGAAGAAGGUGGUCCGGUACCGGGAGGUGGACGAGCAGCACGCCCUGGUCCAGUGGUUCUGGCAGACGCUGGAGGAGUUCUCCAACGAGGAGCGGGUUCUGUUCAUGCGCUUCGUGUCCGGACGCUCCAGACUUCCCGCCAACACGGCCGACAUCUCGCAGAGGUUCCAGAUCAUGAAGGUGGACCGGCCCUACGACAGCCUGCCCACCUCCCAGACCUGCUUCUUCCAGCUGCGCCUGCCGCCCUACUCCAGCCAGGCCGUCAUGGCCGAGCGGCUGCGCUACGCCAUCAACAACUGCCGCUCCAUCGACAUGGACAACUACAUGCUCUCCAGGAACGUGGACAACGCCGAGGGCUCGGACACGGACUACUGACACCAAACACAAACUGUGAACUCGCUCACGCAGGAAACUCGGGAGCCGACGGCCACUUUUUACUUCAUUUUAUGUCCUUUAAACAGCACAAGUUUCAUUUCUCUUUGUGGUUUAUUAGCAGUUUUUAAUGACACAGAAAUCCACACGAGAAGUGCAUUUAGUGUUUUGUUUUUUUCUUUACUCCACAUCCUAUUUUCAGGGUUUCUGCAUGGAGGUAAGUUUAUUUGUUUGGAGAUGUGUAUAGAGAUUAAACAGCAGGCGGCGGAGGGACGGGACGGAUAUUGUACAUUGUGUAAAAUGCUUCAUUAGGAAAAUGUUUUGCAUAAUAUCCAUAUUUAUUGUUUUCAUUGCCUACGCCGAGUUUCCCAAAGCAGAAAAACCGACAAUAAAUGCUGCAGAACUGA